ACCAGGGCUGCCCAUAAUUGAAGCCGGCUUUUGUUUACAUCCUUUUUCAAGUAAAAUGAGCCUCACAAAACGACUCCUGCACAUUUUUCCUCGUUGCAGUUUCGCCAAGAGAUCGCAUCCCUCGGCGGAUCGCAAUUCGCAACCGAUUUCGGAGGCGCUCCUCUCGCAAAUUGACCGGAGCACACAGAACUUGCAAUUGCUGGAGAUUGCCUCGGGAUCAGGUCAACAUGCGGGAUUUCUGGCGCCCCUGCUGCCCAACAUCACCUUCCACCCGACGGAGUACGAACGGGGUCAGUUUGGAUCGAUAUCAGCCUAUGCGGAGGAGUGCGCAACCGGGAAUAUCCGAGCUCCUCUUCAUGUGGACGUCACCCGGGAUCCGAGGGACUGGGAGAGUCCCCCCGCACCGGCCAGCUACGACUACAUGUUCAACUCCAACAUGAUGCACAUCAGUCCGUGGGCCUGCUCCAUAGGACUCUUUCGGGCUGCCGGGCAGCUGCUGAAGAAAGGUGGUAGGAUGUUCACCUAUGGACCCUACGCCCAGGACGGUCUCCUAGUUCCCCAGAGCAAUGUCGACUUCGACCGGAGUCUCCGGCAGAGAGACGCCUCCUGGGGCGUGCGUGACAUCAAGGAUCUGAAGGUCCUGGCGGCUGACAAUGGACUGCAGCUGGAGAAACUAGUGGAGAUGCCGUCGAACAACAAGUUUCUGACCUGGCUUAAGCUGUAAAAUAGUGCACUAGACUAAGGCUAUUGGGCGAUUAGCCCUCUUAGAUAACAUCGUUUAUUUGGAGGCAAUAAAUUUUAUUGCCGAGUGA